AUGACCGAAAUGCAGGUCACUGAGUCACGGAAGAAAAUUCUUUGCGUCGGUCUUUGUAACAUUGACAUCAUACAAGUGUGUGAUACGUACCCGGAGGAAGAUUCCGAUCAACGGUGCCAUUCUAGCCGCUGGCAGCGUGGUGGUAACGCAUCUAACAACUGCACCGUGUUGGCCAACCUCGGGGCACACUGUGAAUUGCUCGCUUCCUUUAGCGAUUCGAAAACAUUCCAAUUUGCGCUAGAUGACAUGAAAAAGCGAAAGAUCGUGUUCGAUCAGUGCGUGUACCAUCGCGAUACACACGUACCACUGUCUACCGUUUGGCUGAGUUUGGCCACCGGCACAAGAACGAUCGUGCACAGCAAUCCCGACCUGCCGGAGCUUACACUGGAGGCGUUUAAAAAUAUCAAUCUAGCCGAAUAUUCCUGGAUUCAUUUCGAGGUAGGACAUGCGAAAGGGUAG